AGUGUUUCGUCAUAAAGUUGACUGAAUAUAAUUUGUAAAAGGUUUUUGCUUCUACAUAAAUCCUAAUAAAAUUUUUAAACAUAUGCUUUGGAGUAUUAAAAAAUAUAUUAUUAAAGGUGCAGUACAGUAACAAGAAAAUUUAUUGCGAAAUAUAUUUAGGUUCUGUGCUUAAAAUAAUUUUCUAAGUGUUGUUGCAUGGCCCCGCCUGAGUUCUGGUGAAAAUUUUCAACGUAAGGUAAGUUUUGUUAAACAUAGAGAGCUAAAAGAAGGAACUGUUUACAUCGAGGACCUUAGUGUUAUUCUGCGGCCUGCCAGCAGAAAAAAAAUUAUUUUUGCGACUGUAAUAUGUCGGACGCUGUAGCUGCACCACUAAUACCUCAACUGCAAGAGAUGCAGCAACAACAACAACAUAAUGGCGUUAAUACUAAUGCUUCGAAUCCUCAACAAUGGUAUUCCAAUCCUUGGUAUGCUAAUCAACAAUACCAACAACAAUAUAGUCAAUAUUAUCAAUACUACAUGCGAUAUGGAUUACAACAGCAGCAGUCUCAACAAAACAGUAAUGCACCACCUGGCUUUAGUAAUUUGGUAAGUCAACAUACCGAUAAAAGUUUGCCACCAUUACCAUCUGGUCCACCGCCUCCACCGCCAAUAACCCCUGGUAACAAUCAGUUGCAAGGUAAUCAAAAGGGUUUUGGUGGAAUACGAUUCAACUUGAAUCAACAGAAGCGUUUAGCGAAUGCUCCAAACCCGUUACAAAAUUCAAAUUCCCCGAUGAAUACUUCAACUUUCCAAAAUAAUGCGGGUAACACCGGUAUGAAUGCUACAACCAUGAACAACAUAAUUGGCAGCGGUAAAAAAAAACGUAAACGUAAUAAGAAACAGAAUCCACUACAACAACAGCAGCAGGCUGCUUUCGAUGCUCAUUUUGAAAAUUUGAAUACGAGUCAACAAAUGAUCGGAAACUUCGUUAACACAUCUUUACCACCACCUACAAUCCCUCCUCCUAUAUCUGCAGAUUUAUCGAAACCGCCUCCUCCAAUCAUGCCGUAUAAUAAUUUCAAUGUGAAUAGUGCUAUUGAUGUUAAUAAAUCGGGCGAAACAAAAUCUCUUACUAACCAUGUCAGUUCUGUUGAAGCACCGAAUAAGAAAAUAAGUCUAUUUAAUAAUCCAAAUGAUGCUUGGCCAGAGUCUUUAAACAGUUAUGUAGCUCGUUGCUAUGCUAAAUGUGCUACCGAUUUGGAUAAGGACCAAGUUGAUAUAUGUUUGAAAGGAAAAAUUAUGGCAGCUGCUAAUCGUAAUGAGCUUUGGACUCGCGAUUGGGACAAUGAGCCAGUACCGAGUGUUCACAGUGAAAGAAACAAUAUCCAAAUGCAGCUGUACAAUCAGAAAAAUAAGCAACAACAGUCACAGGAACAAAUAAAAGACACACAGAAUUAUAAACAGCAACACAAUCAAAGUUGCCAGAAACAAUCAACACAACAAAAGAAUUUAAAAGGUAUAUCACGUAGCUUAAACGCUCGUCUAGGUCAACGGAACUCGUUUGGUGGUGACAAGAGGACAUCAAGGGAUUCUAGGAGUCGUUCACGCUCUCCACAUUCAAAUAAAUAUCGCAAGCGAAGUACUCGUUCACGUUCGUGUAGUCCCAUAUCAAGUCCGCGCCGAAAAAGCUGUCGCAGUUCUAGUUCGGAAUCUUCUGACCGGCGAUCUUCCGAUAAUUUCAUUCCUUUUAAUCCCUCUAGUAAAAAGACACAAAAAGCUAAUAGCUCGAAAAGAAGCAAACAUGUUAAAGGCGCCAAUUCUAAAUCUAAAUUACCCUUUUAUUCGUCCUCUAUCGGUGGGGCGGUUGAUGAUGACACCACUCGUUUGCAACAGCGCGCAGCACGUUUUUCUCAAGGAUCGAAAAAAUCGGUUAUCUCGGUAGCAAGUUCCCCUUUCGUUGUUUCGAAGCAACAAAAGCAAAAAAAAUUGGUAAAUAGUUUGGGCGGGCGUAUGUAUAUGGAUAUUGAAUCGACGGGUGGUUUUGAAACAGGUUUGGAUUUAUUCGAUUUACAUAUAGUAGGUACAUGUAGGGACUUGGAAAAGUCAUUUCUUCGACUAACCAAGGCGCCGUUACCAUCGGAAGUGCGGCCCAUUGAGGUGUUGGCGCAUUCGCUGCAAAAUGUGAAACAAAAAUGGAGGGACAAUCAGGAUUAUUAUUAUGCAUGUGAUCAGCUUAAAUCUAUACGUCAAGAUUUGACAGUACAAGGUAUUCGUGAUAAGUUCACAGUAGAAGUAUAUGAAACACAUGCACGUAUUGCAAUGGAAAAAGGUGAUCAUGAAGAGUUCAAUCAAUGUCAGACACAAUUAAAAAUGCUUUAUACGGAAGUGGGAGCUAGUGUGAAUUCAUUGGAAUUUACAGCAUAUCGUAUAUUGUACUAUAUAUUUACAAAAAAUACCUUGGACACAACUACUGUUCUACGCUCAAUAAAACAAACCCAACGUGAUAAUCCAGCUAUUGCUCAUGCCCUAGCCUUUCGGUCGGCUUGGGCUCUGGGCAACUACUGCAAGUUAUUCCAACUUUACAAGGCCGCGCCUCUGAUGGCGGGACAUUUAAUUGACUGGUUUAUCGAUAGAGAACGCAAGUGUGCAUUACGCACUAUUAUUAAAGCUUACCGACCAUCUAUUGGCAUUGACUAUGUUUCGAAUUUACUUGCUUUUGGAAGUAAAGAAAAAUGCAAAGAGUGGUUAGAGACAUUCGGCAUGCCAAUGAUUGGUACUGAAAGUGAUCAUAUUGAUUGCAAAGAAGUUGGCCGUAUAAGAAUUGUAAUUUUUCUGGAAGCGGGUGGGAACGGCAAUUAUUUGGACAACAGCAUGACAUCAAUGCGGCAAGAUUUCAGUUGUGGCUGUCGCUAA